CGCCGUCGCCACCGUUUAACAGCGGUAGCUGUACGCGUGCACCGCGAAUACCACGUUUGACAGUCCGGCGGCGAACACGCCGACGUUUGGUUCGUAUGCGCAGUAACGGACAUACCCGUCGUCGUCGAUUAAUCGUCGGUCUCGCAUGCGUGUAGGAUAUAUGAAUCACAGUGUUUUAUAUUGUAUUUUAUCGCGUAUAAAAUAUAAUUAUAAGUGUACAUUACGUGUGCCGUAUUAGUGUUUAUGGUGUAAUUAUUGUUUUGCAACGGAAAUCGCGCGUGUUCGUUUUUCCUUGCGUCCGAGGCUUUUCACCACUGCUGUCUUUCGUAUCGCACUGUCGUUCCGCGCGCGACAAUAUAUCGAACCUAACCGGCCGUUAAUCGUACAUGAUCGUUAGUUUGUUUGAAACAUUUCCAGUAUUUUCGCCUUGGUCUUCGCGACUCGAUCGAAUUCGCAUUUCGCUCGAACAUCUCGCGAUGACGACGUUCAUUUGGACAAGUAGUUCCAUUACGAAUCGAACAGUUUCGGUAACCGGAUAGACAGUUCUGUACCCGGUACCUGUACAUAUUAUAUAGGUCCACAAAAAUAUCAAAAAUCGUACAUCUGGCGCCCACUCAAAGAAACGAGUCCACCACCGACGUCGCCUCCGCGAACGAUAUCACGACGGUACAUUGUUGUUGUAUCGCUUCAGCUACAGCGUUUUGAUUUGAAAAGAGAAGAAAAAAAACAAUAACCAAUUGUCAUUGACAGCUAUUUGAAUCAACUGUUCGUAAUAUUUCUGGCUGUAGUGUUGUCGAAAAAAAAAUUUGAUAAAUCCACAGAACACAUCCGCCGUGACGUCGUUGGUCUUCUGUCACCAAGCUACGACAGUAUUACCGGCUAGACCGGCCCGUAGACCUGCACCGCCGGCGCGCGAGACAACGGUGGUCGACGGCGUAACCGAUCGCGAACGUUAAAAAUACACGUAGCGGACACCGGAAAUGGCACUGAUCGUACCGGAAGAAUCGCAGCGGCCGUAUCGGUUCGGUAUGACGCUCGUGUGCAUCGGUGCGUUGUUCAACUGGCUCGGAUUAGCCGACCACCACACGAAACCGGUGCCGGCCGUCCGGUACAUUGGCGUUGGACUAGUGGCAUCGGGUGCCGUGCUGAUAUGCAUGGCCAUGUGCUUUUGGAUGAACAGCGUGCGCGACGACGAGGACGACGAGUCGAUCGAUCACAUCCACGUGAUAUCACUGGACCCGCCGGUGCGGUUGGACGAGAAACCGCCGGAUUACGCGUCGGUGAUGGACGUGCCGCCGCCCAGUUACGACGACGCGAUCAAGUUGGACCCGCAGAGGUUGUUGACGACGGCCGCGGCGGAGCGGUGCCACCGGACGGCGGACGCGUGCACCAUUACGAUGCCGCCGGACGAGUGGGACAAAGCGUCCACGGCGGCGGAUCCCGGGCCGGACGCCUCGUCGGCACAACAGCAGCCGACCGCCACGCUGGCCCGGGCCAUCCGGAAGAGCAUUCGCGACAUCCGCAAACAGCUGACCAGCACGGUGACGGACGCGGCGGACGUCGAACAGCAGCAGAGCGGCGGCUCCGGGCAAAACGCCGCGGCCGCUCUCAAGCCGGACGGUCCGGCCGCGGCAAACGUUACGGCCGUCUAGCGCGCGCCUACCGCCCCCGUACGCGCGUUCGCGGUGCUAACGGGUGCGCGUUUUCUUCCACAAGACUGAAACGAUAAAUGUACGCGUAAUACACCGUUGUGUACGCAUUUCAUUGUAGUUUAGUGUAGGUGAUUUUUUUUUUUGAUUUUUCCGAAGCCUACGUCAUGUACUCCACGUUCGUAUACUCCCGCCGACCAACGCCGCACCGUUCUCGGACAACUGAACGCGACCAAAACGUUGUUGUUGUUGUACGAGCGUCACGCACCGACGGUCUAAUCGCUAUGAAUCGAGACGUGUGCGAGGACGAUAUCGUCGAGAUUCCUAUUCCGGUCGAUAAAACUCACAUUUGUCAAAGGAAAAACAAAAACUUAUACUCAUCUCGCUUAACCAAUGAUCGUACACACCGUCCGAUUCGGUUUUCACGCCGUUCCUAUUUGUCUUUUAUUUUUACGUCAUUUCUCAACAGAGUUACACGUGUUUUCCGUUUUUUAAAUAAUUGUUUCAAUGAAUACGUUCCAACACUCAGGUCUCAGAAAAAUCGUUGGACAAUGUCUUUCGUCGUCGUUGUAAUAAUUUCAUUCAAUUGUUAGAUGAUAUUUAGGUCGCUUAACACUAGUUAAUACCGAAAACAAACAAAUAUUUUUCUUUUCUUCUAAAUUGUAAAUACUUUUGCGAAAAAAAAUUUAUUUAUU